ACGCAAUUAUAUAAACCCGACAGUAAGAUCACCCGCUUCAGAUUAACUCACGAAAGUAUUGCAAAGCGAUGAAGUUCGAAUUGAUAGUGCUAGCCGCCAUUUUAACAGCUAGCUGUGCAUUACCCCGCCUACUGGAAGUCCCGGCUUUUGAAGAACUGCCGCCCGAUGAAGUCGAAGACGACCUGAUAGAACUGUGUACUGAUGACGGACCGACGGAGUCCGAAACAACGGAGGAGCCCACUGACGUACCAAAAUUGGACGGAGGAGGUGGUUGGGAGAGUGAGAAUCAACAGAAUGCAUCUCUCGAACCGUCCCAAGGAACCGAACAGCAGAACAACGAGGUCUCUUGGCAAAACCAAACAACUGCUGCAAAUGCACAGAAUGAGACCAACAACAAUGAAUCAAGUGGUGGUCAAGAGAAUAAGCAAUCUGAAACCUCCAGUAAUCAGACAAACGACCAACCACACGAAGGUACUGAAUCAAGCCGAGGCAGUUCCAAUACUCAAAAUGAUCAAGGUAAUGAGGAAGACGUUAACGCAGGCCAAACAAGCAAUAAUAUAGCAAAUGACCAAGAAGAAGGUAAUAGUGAACAUGAAAAUCAAGGAGGAGCACCACCUAGUUCUAAACCUCACGAAGAAGUAAUUAAAAACGAACAACAAAAUGAAUCAGGAAAUGACGGACAAAUAUCAAACGGUGAAGUUCCCAAUGAACCAGAGAAAGAAUAUAAUGAAUUUCAUAACCAAAGUCAGACAAAUGAAUCGGUUGUAAGUGGUGGGUCGAAUAAUGGAGAGCAAAAUCAACAAAAUGAUGAGAAUGGAGAUCCAAAUAGUGCCUCGUCAAGUGGAAAAGCAGAAAGCAAUUCCGAUCCACGUGAAGAAAACACCCAAAUUGAUCAAGAUCAUGAGGAAGGCAACAAUGGAAGAGAAAAUGACCACCAAACAGGCAAUGAUGCAGCAAACGACCAAUACGAAGGAGGCAAGCAAAGUAAUUCUAACACUCAUGAAGGAAGCACCCAAAAAACUAACCAGGCUGUAAACAACGAGCAACAAAAUGAACCAGAAAAUGAUGGACAAACAUCGAAAGGUGAGGGUUUGAACCAACCGGAGAAAGAGGAUACAGUAGCAAACGGGCAAAAUUUAAUCAACCCGGAAGAGGGUAUCGGUGAUCAUGAAAAUCAAGGAGGAGCACCACCUAGUUCUUAUCCUCACGAAGAAGAAGUUAAUAAAGAGCAACAAAAUGACGGACAGGUAUCAAAUGGUGAAGUUCCUAAUCGACCAGAAACGGAAAAUAACGAUCCUCAACACCAAAGUCAGACAAAUGAAUCGGUUGUAAGUGGUGGGUUGAAUAAUGGAGGACAAAAUCAACAAAAUGAUGAGAAUGGAGAUUCAAAUGACUUGGCAAGUGGGAACGUAGAAAGCAAUUCCGAUCCACGUGAAGAAAACACCCAAAUUGAUCAAGGUCAUGAGGAAAGCAACAAUGGAAGAGAAAAUAGCAACCAAAUUGACAAUGAUGCAGCAAACGACAAAGACAAAGGAGGAAAGCAAAGUAAUUCCAACGUUCAUGACGGGAGUACCCAGAAAUAUAACGACGCGGUAAACGAGCAACAAAAUGAAUCGCAAAAUGACGAACAAACAUCGAAAAGUGAGAGCAAACCAGAGAAAGUGGCAAAUGAACCUGAAAAACAGAGCCACACCCAAACAAAUACAUCUAAUGCGAAUAGUGACCCAAAUAAGCCACAAAAUGAAGAAAACGAUGGCGUGGAUGGAAAUGGUGAUGAAAAUAUUCAAAAUGGAAAUGGGCCAAGCAAAUCCGAUUCGCAUGAGAAAACGGGUGAAAACAAUGAAACUAACGGCCAGGGAAAUUCAAAUGGGAAUAAAGACACUGAAACGAAUAGCAAUGACGAAGAUGAGUCCAACGAACGCAGUGACGAUAAAAAUGUAGAGAAAAAUGGGUCAGAUGAAGAUAACACCAAUGAGACAAAAGAAGAUGACGACAAUGAAACUGGCGAGGGCGAUUCAAAUGACACCCAUGAAGACGAUUCCGAUCGUAAAGAAAGCGAAGAAGAUGACAAUACCAAUGAAAGAGACAGUGAAGAAAAUAAAUCUGAGGAGGACGAUGACACCCGAGAACAAGACGGAUCAAACGAAAAUGAUACGAAUGAAGAUGAAAACAGGUCAGACGACAGCAAAGACAACAAAUCUAAUAACACUGAAGAAAAAGAUCGAUCAAACGAAGAAGACAUUCGCGAAAAUGAUGACUCGGGUACCCAAGAACAAAGCGACGAGGACAACAGAAGUAAUGAAAAUAAAUCUAAUAACACUGAGGAAGAACAUCGAUCCUACGAAGAAGACACUCGCGAAAAUGAUGACUCGAGAACCCAGGAACAAAGCGACGAGGACAAUAAAAGUAAUGAAAAUGAAUCUAAUAACACUGAGGAAGAAGAUCGAUCCAACGAAAAGGAUAACUCGGGUACGCAAGAAGAUGAAAGCGAAGAAAACGCAAACCAAUCAAAAUUGAAAGAAAAUAAUAAUAACAGGAAUAGGAAUAACAGAAAUAAUAAAAGUCGGGAAGGUAGGCGUAACAAUGAAAAUAGCAGGGAAAGAAAUAGGAAUAAUAGGGAGCGAACCAGAGAUAAUUCGGAAGAGAAAAACAAUUCCCGAAACAACCGAGACAGGCAUAAUAAGAAAAAUAAUGACAACUCCAAAGAAAGGAACCGCAAUGACAGAGACAGAAACGAUAACAACAAAAAUAAGAGAGAUAGAAACAACAAAAACAGCGACAACAAUCAAAGCGGCGAACAUUUUUCAAAUGAAAGUUCAGCUGAAAAUCACAGAAGUGCAAAUAAGGAAAAUAAUAGGAAACGGACAAAUAAUGACGAAAGUUCGGACAAUAAAGUAUCCGAAGAAAUUAAACAAGCCAAGUUUGACUUUCUAGAAAAUGUGGCAACGGAAAAGAGGAUCUGUAUCUCUUGGGUUUGCAGGAAGAGCUGCACGGAUUCAGGAAAGAACAGUGGAUAUUGUAAAUACGGAACAACUUGCACUUGCGUCUGACUCAAAGAAUUAGUGAAAUUUAAAUCGUAACAACAAACAGUAGCAAAUUUUAAAAAUAUAGUCAUCUGAAUUAUAACUUAUUAUUUAUUUUAUUUAUUGUUAGCCUUAUUGACUUUGUAAUAAAUUAUAUUUCCUUUCCUUUCUCGUUUACCAAUUGAACUCUGCAUCGCAACCAUCAACAUCAUUUAAUUCCUUCUUGUGUAAAGUAAAUA